AAGGCAAUGCUUUCCUCCUCUGGUUACCACAAGCCCAUCUCCCUCUCCCUCUAUGUGUCCUCUUAAUGGCAUCUGUCUCUCUGCUCUAAAGAGAGCCCUGCCAUCUCUCCUCUGCAAGUCUUCCAUUUAUUUCCAUCUGAUCAUCCUCUCAAAUGUGCCUUAAAUAACAACUCUCCACUACCCUCAACAAAGUCCACUUAUCUACAGUCAACACUCUACUUGGUCUCCAAAGCAUAUACCUUUCCAUCAGUUGCUCCCACUCCUUUCUCUCUCUCUUAGCUUUUCUUUUAUCUUUUCCUUCUAAGAGCCAUAGAAGCUCCCCUGUUCACUCCUUCCUUUCCAAAACCCGAAUUUUCAAACCAAUUGCCAGUUUGCAACCACUACCUUCCUCUCCAAAACCCUCUCUUCUUAGAAAAACUUCAUCUUUAUUCCAGCACCCAACCUCCACUAUCCCCUAUAUUCUGCCUUUCUCUCUAAAGAUUGCAUUUUUUUCCCCUAGUUCUCCCCCCACUCCCUCCUACUCUUUAGCUCUCUUCAAAAGAUUGCAGUUUUAUCUCAGCCUUCUCUUUCUCUCGCUCGCUCUCUCUCUCUCUCUCUGCUCCCCUCCAAAAGCUCUUAUUUUUAUCUCAGCGCUCAAAAGUCCAGGAAGAAGGAGAAUGUCGCCAGAGUACAGCUCGCCGUUCCUCAACGACGAGCUCUCGAAACGGACGGUGAUCUUCGGCCUCCACAUGUGGGUCAUUGUUGGCAUCUGCGUCGGCGCAGCCUUUGUCCUUCUCCUGUUCCUCAUCUCCCUCUGGCUCGCCUUCCGCCGCGGGGGCGCCACCCCCGCCCCCGCCCACAACCUCCCCAAGCCCUCCCGCCACCCCUCUUCCAUCCCCGUCAUCUCCAAGGAAAUCCAAGAAAUCCGCGUCGACCCCUCCCGGCCCCCCGACACCCGGCCUUCCCUCGCCCACGCCCUCCACAAGCCCCUCCCCGAGUCCCAGACCCCCUCCGUUUCCAACGAGCGGCAGGCCCUCCUCGUGCCGCCCGACGAGGAGAGCCCGAUUCUGCAGCAGAGGAUCCACAUCGAGAUUGGCAAGGACCAUAGGAUCACCUACCCGGAGCGCGGCGGCGCCGGCGCCGGCGCCGGCUCGUCACACGGCAGUGGCGAGAGUCGGUCGGUGGAGCAGCCAAUGAUCGCAAUACCGGAGGUGUCUCAUUUGGGCUGGGGGCAUUGGUACACUCUCCGGGAGCUCGAGGUGGCGACCAAUAUGUUCGCCGACGAGAAUGUGAUCGGAGAGGGUGGGUAUGGGAUCGUCUACCAUGGUGUUUUGGAGGACAAAACUCAGGUCGCUGUCAAGAACUUGCUCAAUAAUAGGGGUCAAGCUGAGAGGGAAUUCAAGGUGGAAGUGGAAGCAAUUGGGCGUGUUCGACAUAAGAAUUUGGUGAGGCUACUGGGUUAUUGUGCUGAAGGUGCUCAUAGGAUACUUGUUUAUGAGUAUGUUGAUAACUGGAACUUAGAACAGUGGCUUCAUGGUGAAGUUGGACCUUGCAGCCCGCUCACAUGGGAUAUUCGCAUGAAUAUUAUACUUGGAACAGCAAAAGGUUUAAUGUACUUACAUGAGGGGUUAGAACCGAAGGUAGUUCACCGGGAUAUUAAAUCGAGCAACAUUUUGCUUGACAAGCAGUGGAAUCCCAAGGUUUCAGAUUUUGGGCUUGCCAAGCUCCUGGGGUCAGAAAGGAGCUAUGUAACGACGAGGGUGAUGGGAACAUUUGGUUAUGUUGCUCCUGAGUAUGCUAGUACUGGUAUGUUGAAUGAGAGGAGCGAUGUGUAUAGCUUUGGGAUUCUUAUUAUGGAAAUCAUUUCUGGUCGAAACCCAGUUGACUACAGCAGGCCUCCAGGAGAGAUUAAUCUAGUUGAAUGGCUUAAAACGAUGGUCAGCAAUCGGAAUUCUGAAGGGGUUUUGGAUCCUAAAUUGCCUGAAAAACCUUCUUCAAGGGCAUUGAAAAGAGCUCUUCUAGUAGCUCUGCGAUGUGUGGAUCCUGAUGCACAGAAAAGGCCGAAGAUGGGGCAUGUGAUACACAUGCUUGAAGUUGAUGAUUUUCCAUAUCGAGAUGAACGGCGCACUGGACGAACAUAUAGAGGCGGCCCUCAUGAGAAAACAAAUUUGUUAGAAAAGCCAGUAAUUGAAUCGGGUGAUAGUAGCGGGUACGAGAGCAAUACCAAUGUCAAUGGACCUUCUAGGUGGAGAAAGCAAGUGGAUAGCUGAUAUGGUUCAAUGCAUAUAACAUUUUAAAGCAUCAAAUGAUGAUGUUUGAAAGGUUUGAUCUCUCCCAAAUUCCAGACUGAGCAACACUUUCAGAAGUCAACUCACAGGCUCUCAUAUCAUUUCUCCACUUGCACUGGCUUAUUCGUAUGUCAUGUUAUAAGCUGUAUAUGUAAUUCCAAGUUAUCUUAUACGAGAUUAGUUUUGUGGAGCUUUGGCUAUGUUCAUUGUUCUGUCUGUUAUUGUGUGAUUCAGAUAGCAUGUUUAUACUUUCUAUCGCUAGUGAGAAAAUUAUGUGUAGUUAAAAGCUCUUUGUUUCUUUGAGUUCUGCUGUAUUUUCAGUUUAAGUACAUUUGGAUAAAUAAGACUUAUGAAUCGUAAUCUUUAUUUCGUUA